AUGCAAAGCGCGCCCUCCUGGGGAGGCGCUGUCGUCUUCGUCGCGCUAGGCACCUGGGGGGACGUCUUGCCGCUCUUCUCCGUCGCGCUGCACGUCCUCGAAGGGGGUCUUCGCGGCGCGCUGUUGUGCGAGAAGCGCGCGGCGCAGCACUCGAGGAAGCGCGCGGCGCAGCACUCGAGGAAGCGCGCGGCGCAGCACUCGAGGAAGCGCGCGGCGCAGCACUCGAAAAAGCUCGACAGCGACAGGCGACCUUCGAGACCCGAAGCUCCGAUCCGCGGCCGUGGCGCCACCUCCUGCGAAGGGCGAGACUCUUGCCGUGAACGCGAAGACAACGCGCCGAGCUGCGAGAGGCAACCCCCGAGAACGGAAGCCAGUCGCGGCAGGGCAGCGAAUCUCCUCCCCGGCGCGAGGGGAGGCGACUCGCCAACAACUUGCGCGCAGGACGGAGGCGAUUCCAGAGGAACUCCGGGGAGAACGGAGGACCGUGGAGAGGCCGCAGACCCAGCUUGCCAGACGGCAGAGCCCCUCGGCAGGGAAGGAGAGUCAGAAGACGUGAGCGGAGAGGCUGGAGGACGGCGCGGGUCGGGCGACGGCGCGACCGAGGAGAGAGAUCCAGACGAGAGCACAGACAGCGCGACGCGAUCCGUCGGGGUGCUUGAGGUCUUCUUCGCGACGCAUCAGUGCUGGAUCUCGCCCCUUGUUUCUUCCUUCUGCAGCAGCAGCUCCGCGCUCGCUUCGCCCUCUUGUUACCAGUCUGCGCCCUCGUCCGCGUCCUCUUCUCGGCCGUCGCCAUUCGCUUCCUCGCCCUCCCCGAGUCCAGCCUCGCCGGCGCUCUCUGCACUUUCGAGUCUAUGCGCGCCCCUGAAUCGCUCCGCGGGGCCUCUGUUUGAGUGCAUCGCGGCGGAUGAGGCACACACGCGGCGCGUGCGGGCGGAGGAAGGCGCCGCUGCUCUUCUCUCUGAAAUCUACCAGAGAACGCGCGGCUGCGGCCGUUCUGUGUCUGGCAUGGCUCGUUCUCCGCGAGGAACUCGAGAACCCAUGCCCCCCCGCGUUCGCUUGUCCUUCAUUGCGAUUCCUUCUUCGCCCCUGCGGCCUUCCGCGGCUUCGCUGACCGAUCCCGCAGAACUCGCGCCGCUUCUCACUCUGCUUUGCGGUCCCACCUUCUCGCCUCUCGUCGUUCCAUCUCCUCGUUCUUUCUCGUAUCUUCAUUCUUCUUUCUUCCCUUCUCCUUCUUCACCUUCUUCUCCUCGUGCUUCUUUGCCGUCUUCUUCAUCGUCCCGUCCUUUUCCUCCUUCUUCUUUCUCGCUCGCUUCGUUCUCCAUCUGCGUGUGCAGUCUGUUCAGCGCUGUCUGGCUGCACGCGGCAGAGAAGGCGGGGUUGAGGCGGUUGCUGCUCGUCCCCUCGCCGCAGCAGGCCCUGCGCGCGCCGCCCGCGGGGCUGAUGGAGGCGCUGCUCGAGGAGGCUCCUGCGCUGGCGGCGGAAGCCGCAGAGGCGCGGGCGCACAAAUUUUUGAGAGAAGAGCACCGCGAGGCGAAGCGCGACGUCGGCGGCAGCGCGCGAUCUGAAGCACCUCCGCAGCUCCUGGGAGGGGCGGCGCAGGAGGAGACAGCGGCGCGCGGCUGGUGCGCCGAAGCAAGCGCUGACUCAGAAGAUGUCGGCGCCCGAGCUGCGCAAAAGGAAUCGCCGCUGAGCGACGGCGGCGGCCGCAGCGGAGGGCACCUGCCGCGGAGAGACCGCGAAAGGCGCCUGACGCAGUGGGCGAUCGAGCGACUGGGUGGCGACCCUCUGCCACUUCGCCUGGAGGAUCUCAGCUUGUUCGCUGCCUUCUCUGUCGUCGUCUUCGCCUUCUUCGUUGUCUCCUGUUUCUUCUCCUUCUUCAUCUGCUUCUCCUCUUCUUGGUGCUAUCUCCGCGUGUGCCUCGGGGACCGUGGGGGGGGCGUCGAGCCGGCAGAUUCGCCCGCCCGGUCUUCGCCCUUGCUCUCUCCCUCCCCCUUCCUCUUCGCUGAGGCUGCCAACGCGCGCUCUCACGUGCGCUUCUUCAGUGACUCUGGUCGCGAGCUGUGCGCGGCGCUUCUCGGCGAGCGACCUGCGCAAUCAAGAGAGAAGGCGCACACGACGCAGAACUGGCGGACUUCGCCUGCGUCAGGCGCUGUGGGAUCGUCCGCCGCGACCGCCGCGGAAGCCGCGCCUGCUGCCCAUGUGAAGCAUCUGCUCAGCCUCUUGCGUGGAGGGCGCGGCUGUCAGCAGGAGGGCGCGCAGCGACUCAUUUACGUCUCUUUCGGCUCCAUGCACUGCGCGGAGCUGAGAUUUCUGCCCUCAGCGCAGACGCUCUCGCGAGUCUUCGCUCGCGUCGCCUGCCUGCUCGACGUCCGCGUGCUUUUGCAUAUUCCUUUCCUCUCCCUCGCGCCGGGCCUCGAUGAGGCUUCGCCUCUGGGCGCGCGCGCGCCCUCCGCGCUGCGACGAGAAGAUGUCAGUUCGCUUCCGCCCACCUCUGAUUUGAGCGCCUCCCCGCCGCGUCCGUCCUCUUCAUUUGCGCCGCCGCACUCUCUCGAUUCUCCCUCGCUCUACUCGUAUGCCCUCGCGGCGCCCUCAGCCGCCUCACAGCGCGCUGUUGCUCGAGACCCUGCUGUCGCGCCUUCGUCUCUCUCUUCUUCUCCGUUGUUUCCCAGUCGCGCGUCCGCAAGAGAACCCGAGCGUGGCGGCGGCUUGCCGUGGCGCGUGGCACUGCUCUCUGCCUGGCUCGCGAAUCUUCCUCUGCUUUUUUCGCAGUUGUCUGGCGCGUUUGACUUGACCUGCUUCGUCACCCACGCAAGUGCCGGCGCAGCGGCGACCUUUGCGCCUCUCCGCUCCCCAGGGCAGGCAAAGCCUUGUCGUCGCCAUGACCCUGAGGCGCGAGCGAGGCAGGCAGCCGAGCGAACGUGGGCGAACAAUCCGCCAAAGGGCGCGGCGCAAGUACGCGAAGAAGGAGAGGCCGCCGCCGGCGCAGACGAGCGAGAGGCGGGCGCCGGGCGCAGCUGGACGGAUCCCCAACAACCUGCAGAAGGUGCACCGAACCGCGGGCGGCGCGGAAACGCGCAGGAGGGGGAGCGAGAGCGCGAGGAAGAAGAAGGGGAUGGACAGGAAGCGAAGGGAGGAGACGAGGAUCGGAGGUACGCGAGGCAGCCUGCUGCGGCGGCGCCUGCGUGGCUGGUGUUCCCCUUCUUCUAUGAUCAGCCCUACAUAGCCCGGCGCCUGCAGACGCUCGCCCUGGCAUCAGUCGCCUCCGAGGCGCUUCUCGAUGCGCUGGAGGCGCUCGCGGAGGCCGAGCAGGAGGCAGGGGCGGAGGCUGCGGCUUGCUCUAAAACGAAGCGCGAUGCAGAGCGAAUUCCGAGCGAAGAAGAGCGAGCCGCGUCGCGACUCGAGAGCGACCAGCGCGAGGCAGAUGCGAGGCCCAAAGAAGAGGAGGGAGAAGGAGAGAAGGACGAGAAAGCCAGAGGCACAAGGCGCUGCCCCAGGGGCGGACAUAUGCAGGCCGGCUCCUCGCCUCUUUCUUCGUCUGGGCUGGAGGCUUCAGGCGAACGCAUGGAGCGUUGCGAACGAGAAGUCGUCGAUCUCCUCGCGCGCGAAGUCCUGCAAGCUGUGCGGCUCCGCGGCGAAGGAGCCCGACGGCAGCCUGCGCGACGCGAAGCCUCGCUGGCCGCGGUGGCUGCGUGGAGACCAGACUCAGCUGAAACCGCAGAAGAAGGGCAGAGAGUAGCGUGGCGCGACGCGUCGCAGAACGGAGGGAGCCGAAACGAGUGCGUAGAGAAGAGAACUGGCGGGCGGGAUGACGAAGACAGCAACACGGCGCCAGAUCCGACGCCGGACAGGGAACGCAGCGAAGCGCGCGCGGCUGCAUCGUCGCCCUGCGGACGCGCAACGCGAACGCCGCCGCGCAAGAACAGAGAAGGUGAGCUGAGAGCGCAGCGAGAGACUGGGCGCGGCGGGGGGGUCGAGGCCCGUGAGGAAACCAGAGAGGAAGAAGAAUCGCCGACAGCGGCCGCCCACGCCACGCGAGAAGCUGCUUCAGGUGCCCCUGGACCCGCCGGAGCGGCCGUUGCGGCGCGGAUGAUUCUCGCGGCUCUGCGGCACCGAGCCCUGAAGCGCGCCGUCGCGACGCCUCGUAGCGAGGCACUCCGAGAAGCCGACGAGGAAUGA